AUGAGAUCUGUAGCUGCUAGCUACGGGGGUGUUGAUAUCAUCGCCGAAAUAAGAAUUGCAAUAAUUCUUUGCGUGCUUCUGCCUUCUUCUUACGCAUUGUUAAACAUUGGGUGUCAUUUAAAAUGGCCUAAUUGCGGUAUAACCAUCCAAAAUAUUGUGUGUGAGCGCGAUGAAAAAUGUCUUGCUGAAGAGGGAUGCGAAAACGUCGAGUCCGACGCCGAAUUUUUAAAGUGGAUUUUACACGAACACAACAGAUUAAGGAACGAGAUCGCUACUGGUAAGGAAAGUAGAGGAUUUACUGGUGCUGCUUCAAAUAUGAUGGCUCUCUCUUAUGAUAAAGAUUUGGAAUUCACUGCUGCCUGUAAUGCCAAUAGAUGUAAAUUUGAACAUGACAAAUGUCGAGGUACUGCAAAAUUCCCCGCUGCAGGACAAAAUUUAUUCCACGCCCGUGGAAAUAGUUCAGCAUUGAGAGAAGCCGUCACAAAUUGGUUCGAAGAAAUUAAACUAAGCACUCCGGAUGUCAUUGACAAAUUUCCCAGAGGUCGUGACGAAAUUAUCCAAUUCACUCAAAUGAUUUGGGCCGACACCACCCACAUUGGCUGCGCAAGAUCCAAGAAAACCGACUCGGAUGAAUACUAUUUGGUCUGCAACUACGGCCCUGGAGGAAAUAAGAAAAAUCAUAAAGUGUACAAAAGAGGAGAAGGUUGUUCCAAAUGCCCAUUUAUGGUCCAUUGCAACGAACAAUAUCCAGCAUUAUGUGGAAAAAUAGAUCAGAACACUCUAGGAGAGGGCACAGGAAAUUCCGGUGUUGUACCAGUCAAAGAACAACCUGUCGAAGAAAAAGCACAAGAUAAAGUUGAAGCUGCACCUGUAGAUGCUGUAAAAGGAGGUAAACCAGAUGCGCCAGCAGUUCCUGGGAUUAGCUUAGGUGGAUUUGGCGGUUUAGGUUUAGGAGGAGGUUUAGGCUUAGGAGGUCAAGCAAAAGAGCAGAAGAAUGAAGAUAACAACGAGGAAAAGAAAACUACUCAAAAUGAAGAAUCUCCUAAAACUUCAACUAUUACCGACACAUCUGAUAGUGAAAGUACAACUAAAUUUGUUUCUGAAUCAUCUAUUGCUUCUGUUGUUACGAACAAUACUGACAUACCUACAACAGUUCCAUCACCAACGACAAUACAACAAUCUACUACAUUAACUAACAGUACUACUACAUUAGUUAAAAAUACUACUAAAAAAACUUUAAUUGAAAAAAUUAAGAAAAUUGGAGAACCAGAUUCUGCACAUAUUGAUAUUAGACGUCACGACAUUGGCCACUACUCCCAGCUAAUUUGGGCUAAAACGACGCAUAUUGGUUGCGCUGUGGCCAAAUCAAAACAUCCAGACGGCGACGAAUUUUAUCUAACCUGCAACUAUGGUCCGCAAGGAAAUAUGAUCGGACAAAAAGUGUACAUGAAAGGUCCACCAUGUUCAAAAUGUCCGAAAAACAUCAAAUGUAACGCUAGAUAUCCAGGAUUAUGCGGCGUUGUCGACGAAACCCAGAUUGAAAGUGGUAAAAAGAAGGUUACCGUUACUACAACUGUAACUGCAUCAACUGGGGUUGCAAACGUAACUAAUAAACAAGUUGAUGUAGAUGCUAGAGUCAUAAUUUUACAUACCAGAAAUGAAAAUGGCUUAGUAGCAAAAGCUUCGCUACUUUCAGCAAAAUAUGUCAAAAAAGCUCUGCUGGAUUAUCAUAAAGAUAUGAAUGCAACAGUUUUUAAGAACUGGUUUGCUGAACAACUUUUACCGAAUAUUUCAUCUAAUUAA